AUGGAUGCGGAUAGCUUUAUAAACGACUGGUCUAGUGACGAUGCGAGUCAGUCUCAGCCCUGUGACUUCGCCGAUUCCGAGGACGAGCAUUCUCAGCAACCGACUCUAACUCGACGCAGCCAGCUGAGACCUGCCGGAAAUGGCCUUGCAUUCGUUCCUUACGCUGACUGGAGGCCAGGACGAUCGUAUAACCAGCAGCCAGCCGAGAAUAUCUGGUAUGACGUGGAAUGGAAGCUGUCUGUGAACAACAGGCGGAAGACAGGCGAAUCAGAACCGGGCAUUGCGUUAUCGCCACGCCAGUUCUGGAAAUACGUCCUCCAGCCGAAGUUACAAGCUGUUGUGAAGAGUGCCAAAAGUCCCUUGACAGCUUCCGAUACGCAAAUCCUCUUGUCCGUUAGUGACCGUAAAACGAGCAGUAUAACCAAGCGGUUUUCGAAGUUAGAUAUUAACUGGCUAUUUGUGGCAAAGCAACUACAAGAAUGGAGCCGGUUCUUGACUGACGACAAGAGAGAGGCUCGAAUUAGUGCCGAGAGAGCUGUCCUGGGUCGGCCGGAAAGCUGGAGGCAGGUCAUCGCUCUUGUUCGUUGCCCAGGACCCCCAUGCAAUAAAGGCCCUUAUUGUUGGCGAGACGGGCAAACGCACUAUAAGUUGCUUAGCCAUCACUUGAAGAUGCUUGUUGAUGAGGUGCAGAAAGGCCACAGUAUGCAAACACACAAUGACAUUCCUGAACGUAUCCGAGAGGAAUUGCACGCGGAACAGCAGCAACAAGCCGAGCGCGAUUGCCCGACUGGCCUUCCAGUAAUCCAUAUUCAUAACGCUCCAAGUAAUGCUAAUGCCGGGGCUAGCUCUAGUAUCCCUUCCACACCUGAGAUGGUUUUCCCAACAUCGCCUACCUUUGAUAUCCAGGGAUCUAGAGAGGACGCAGUAAAGGCGUAUGUGGUGUGGCAGUGUUCCAAGGUCAGCAGUCAGGAACAGAAAAGUUUCUACAACUUGGCUCAGAGCCUGACCUUAGAUCACGGCAUCUGUCUCUACAUGAUCUACACUAACCAGAGGAGCCUUAUAGAAAGUGAAGUGGGCUCUUUACAGACACAUGGUUAUGAAUAA